AUGGUGAUCCUGUUCGCCAUAUACCGAGCCAUUCGGCGGCCUCAAAUAACACGUCACGGGAGACCUAUUCGAAAGUCUCCCAACUCAUUGCCAAUCGUUGGUAAUGGACUGCUUUUCCUUCGGCCCCGCGAAGAACUAUUGGUUUGGUUCACUAGGUGCGGCUACGAAACUCUCAGCAUCAGUAUCCCUACUCUUCCUCCCGGCGUUAUCAUCUCGGAUCCAGCGAACCUUGAAUAUGUCUUUCAACACGAGGAGAAGUUCCAGAAGGGAGAUUUCUUUGGAGCUCGAUUACAAGACUUAUUUGGUUACGGCAUCGUUAAUGUCGACGGCAAUCUUUGGAAACAACAGCGCAAGGCCGGAACCAAGUUCUUCACCACAUCCAUGAUCAGAACCUUAACCCACCGAGACUUACCUGAACUCCUACAACAAGCCGUAUCCAACCUUCACCCUGUGGCUCGAGGUUCGAUGGUCGUUGAUCUGGAAUGUGUCUUUCACGAAAUAACCACGCAACUGAUAGGAAGGUUGGCCUACGAUACAGAUAUGCACGCGGACGACCAUUUCACCCAAGCUUUCGAUCACGCCUCGGGAGAAAUCGCUAAGCGUUUUCAGAACCCUCUCUGGAGAUUCACCGAGCUAGUGACUGGUGCAAGACUUCGAUCAUCUAUCCAGAUUAUGAAGAAGUACGGUCAAAAGCUAGUGGAACAAGCUGAGCAGUGCGAGGAUUCUAACAAUGAAUCUACACUUGAAAAGACCCCAAGUUUGAUUCAUAUACUGCUUGAUCACCUUUGCGAUCGAUCAUUAGUAGCUGAUUCGGCACUGAACUAUCUCUCUGCUGGCAAAGAUACAAUCGCACAAGCGUUGACGUGGACAUUUUAUCUUCUCUCAGAGCAUCAAGAUGUAUCAACAAGGAUAUUUCAUCUGGUUAAAACCAAUAAUAUCGCUGUCAUCAAUCAUGAACAUCUCAGUUCUGAUGCAAGUCACUUCAUCCUUGCCGUAUUUUACGAAGCAUUGCGUUUAUAUCCCCCAAUCCCAAUUGAGCUCAAGCAAGCCCAAGAGGAUACCUUGUUGCCCGAUGGUACUUUCAUCCCACAGAACUCAGUCGUACUUUGGUGCACAUGGGCUAUGAACCGGUCAACUUUAACCUGGGGGGACGAUGCCAAGAGCUUUCGGCCUGAUCGGUGGUUGCAUGAAGGGGUAUUAACUCAUAGAAGUGCGGCAGAGUUCCCUGUCUUCCAGGGUGGUGCGAGGCUUUGUCUAGGUAAAAGAAUGGCCGAGUUGAUAGCUAUUCAGAUUAUUGCAACCCUGACUAAUGCUUAUGUUUUCACACCAGCAUUUAACGGGGCAAAGACUAGCAGAACUUACUUGACAAUGCCCAUGGAAGGGGGCUUACAGAUGAGAGUAGAACAUCGACAGCGAUAA